UAACCUAUGGCAUCAUCCUCUUCAGCCCUCCUUCUGGGGGAUUCAGCUGCCUUCACUGCGGCCCUCCGAACUCUCAUCAACAACCCACAGUUCAGUGAUGUAACAUUCUUGGUUGGUGGAGAGCAGCAGGAAGUCUUUGCCCAUCGCUGUCUCCUUUCUUGUCGCUGCCAGGCGUUCCAUGCAAUGCUGAGCCAGCCCCAGGAGACCCAAGCCCCACUUCUCCUGAGCCAUGUACAGCCAGAGGUGUUCCUUGCAGUCAUUGAGUACCUGUACACUAAUAGUGUCACCCUCAACAACGGCAUUGCCCUGGAGGUGCUGACGUCAUCCAUGGAGUAUGGACUGAAUGACCUCAGAAAGCUGUGUGUUGAAUUCAUCAAAGAUUCGCUGACUGUGGAGCAGGCCUGUGAGGCUUUACAGGCAGCAGUAGCAUAUGGGCAGAUGGAUCUCCAGACACAUUGCCUGGCUUUCAUCGAGAACUGUACCCGGGAGGUGGUGCACACACGUGGCUUCUUGGAGCUGUCCGAAUUGGCCAUGCAAACUAUCUUGCAGAGCAACUGCCUGGCUAUUGAUGAGGUGGAGCUGAUUCAUGCUGUUCAGGAAUGGGCUCAUGUAGGCUCUGCUGUGCUCGGACGUCCAGUGCGUGAUGUGGCAGAGGGAGUUGUACGUGAGCUACGUCUAGCUCUGCUGUCACCAAGUGAGCUGACUACCCUGGAGAAGGAGAAUACAAAGGACCAGAUGAUUCCAAUAGAGAGUUUGGCUGAGGCCUGGAAGAUGCAUGCCUUAUGGAAGGGGCAUGGAACACGAUCCUGCCUGUGCCGUCGGCGGCGUGGCACAUUGCCCCGGGAACAUCAUCGCCACCUUGACCCACAGCAGAAGUGACUCUGGGAUUCAUAGAACAGUGCUUCAAUGCCCAGCGCAAAGAACAUUAUGAUUCUGAGCCAGGAACUGGCUGCUGUCAAUUGGCUGCCUCAGUUACAUCCUGCUUGCAGACUGAGUCCAGUUGGCAUAAAGAGUUCCUGGUGUGCGAGAGAAGAGGCCUAAUUUCCAUCAAAGUUUGGGUUGGCUAAAAGUGCUCUCAUGUGACACUCCCUCAUCCGUCCUACAGGAGUCCAGAAGAAAGAUCUGAGGCACAAAAGACAUCUACUUCCCAUCAAAAGGACCAGUGAACUUGACCUGGUAUGAGACUGCUUUGCAUGCUGUUCAUUUCCCCAGUACCAACAUGUUUGUCCCCAAAGACCAGGGGUUAAUGGGAUCCGUGCUCAUGAUUUGAAAUCUCGGCAGUGGAUGGAAGACCCUGAAGGUGCUCUUGCAUUGAAGGUGCACAUUUUCUAAAUAGAUAAAUAGUGCCGGCGCUGGAAUAGAAAAUGAGGCC